AAGGCUGUAGCGGCUGUAGCGUUAGGAUGCACCGAAUCCUCCGCGCUUGGACUCCCUACAGUGCUAUAGAUUCCAAUGUUUUGUUGUGGACAGCGACGCUUUGCCACGCACAACCAGCGGGUGGAUGAGGAGAGUUGCUUCUGGGGCAAGCCAGAAGACGUCCCCGGAGAGGUUCAUAUGCUCAUCGUUGGUCUGGAUUACAGCUGCGACCGAGUCUCCUGGGCCGGCAAGAAUGUGCUGGAUACAAAAUAUGCCGUUGACAUGAUUGAAGAUUUGGCGCGAAAUUGCGAGGUGGCAACACUGGAAAAGUUGUGGAACCAGCAAUGUACCAAGGAGAAUGUCAUCGCAAAGAUUCAAGAGGUCGCCGGAAAGUGUGGAGAAGAUGACUAUUUCAUUUUCUACUACACUGGCCAUGGCGAUCAACUAAUAAACGUAGACGACGAUGAGGAAGAGACGCACGACCAAUGCUUUUGCCUAGUGGAUGCGAAUGGCAGCACAGAUGAUGCAACCAUGACUUACCGUCAGCAAGUGUGGCUGCGUGACGAUGACUUUGUUGAUGCAGUGCUGGAAUCCAUUGACGAGAAUGCCCAUGCAUUGGUUCUGGUCGAUGCUUGCCACUCCGGAACCAUUUGUGACUUCAACUCUGGGUUGUGGGCUGAGAAAGGCCAAAAAGCCAUCUCCAUUUCUGGUUGUUCCGAUGCGCAGACCUCUGCUGGUACUGGAAAAGGUGGUCACUUCACCAGAGCACUCACCAGAUCUGUGCAAGAGUUGCAAGCGCAACAUGGUCUGGAUGCCAGCUAUAGCGUUGGCCAACUUUACAACAAAACCCUGGAGAACUAUGAGGAAAGCAAAAACAGCGGACAUACGCAGGACAUUGAGAUCCAUGGCUGUGCCAUCUACCCUUCAGAGAUGGUGUGGCCACUUGCCCCCAGGCAGCCGUACAUCUCACGAGCAAAUAUGGUUGGCUUCACCUCGCAGAACCACUUUCAGAACCAGGGAAUGCAGCCAGCGCCAGCAAAUUGGAGCCUUGCUGGUUGAGCUUUUUUGAGAUGGUGCAAGUCUCUUGGGGGCAAUCUCUGUGAGGAUAAAACAUCCUUGCAGACAUGUUGCCUUUGAUUUCCCCCAACUCUGCACUGGACAGGACUUGUUGUUUGACUAUUCUUUGUAGCAAGUUCUGUGGAGUCAUGUGCAGAGCUGGCCAUUCCCAAUGCUUUAGAUUAUCAUUUCCACACCUGCUCAGUGAAAUGGGCCAAAGACAAAUCGAUGCAAAAGCUGGUAAGUGGCAGCUUCAGAGCCAUUCUUCCAAAAGUCUACACAGCGGGUUCUAGAUGAUUUGGGUAGCUGGCAACAACAUGAUGCUACCAGGUAAUCACAAAGAGUUGUCAGAUCCUUUCCAACGAACACUUGGAGCAAUUCUUUCUAUCAAUGAGAUAAAUUCAAUACCGCUACAUUUCACCAUCAUUUGGAUUUGUUUAAGGACACUGUCGCUG